CGCGCGGGGGGGGGGGGGGAGCCGAGUUUCGAUCCCGCACCUUGGGGUUCCCGUUGGAAAGCGCAGGAGAACGGAGCGCGGAGCGAUCCCCUGGAAGCGAGCUGCUUCGCGAGGCUUUGCAAACGGGAGCUGUGGCAUCGGGCGUGCGCCGGCGGAAAGAUGCGCUCGUUCCCGGCCGGCAUCGGUGCGGGAACAGGAGCAGGGACCGCAGCUGCGCCGCGUUUUGUUUGCGGACGAGGCGUGGCGGUGCAAACGGGUUGUGCGGCUUCCGAGCGCUCUCUGCCCGCCCCUCCGUGGCACCGGGUGGCUUCCUGGGCGCAGCGCGGUGCCCCACGCGCGGCAUCGCCGUGCUCAGUGCCCCGGCCCGGCCCGGUGAGAUCAGCCGGGAGCUCCGCUCGUGGGCUCUGGGAAGCGGCCGGGAUGGGAGCAGACAGCAGCAGGCUGCUGGGCAGCCCACGGCUGGGCUACGGGACGCUGCAGCACGACACAGACCCAUCCUGCAUGGAGGUGAGCGGGUACCGCAGCCAGCCGUGGCGCGCAGCCCUGUGCCACGCGUGCUGUGUGCUGAGUGCUGGGCUGCUGCUGCUGCUCUUCCACUGGAGACCCAGCCUGGGCGUGCGGGCCAGGUGCAAGCCCUGCGCCCUGGGGCAGGCGGAUUGGGUCAUCAUCAGGGAUCGAUUCGGGCAGCGCUUCACUGCACGCGUGCAGACGGAGGCGUUGGGUGAAGGCAGCCUGGAGCAUCACCCCGGGGCCAGGCUGGAGGACCGCAAGAGCAGCAUCGCCGUUGGCGUGGCGGAUGAGGAGGAGAGCCGGGACACCAUCCACCUGCACCAGGAGGAGCACAACGUCCUGCGGUACUAUCUCUUCGAGGGGCUGCGCUAUGUGUGGAUGGAGAGGCGGCAGGCGUACUGCAGGGUCAGCGCCCUGGAUGAAGGCUGGACCUGUGCAGAGCUCCACCUCUGUCGGGCUGGACUGGGCCAGCAGGACCAGAGCUCCAGGAGAAAGAUCUACGGCCCAAACCUCAUCGAGGUGCCAGUCAAGUCGUACGCCAAGCUCCUGGUGGAGGAGGUGCUCAAUCCCUUCUACAUCUUCCAAGUGCUCAGCAUCGUGCUGUGGGUCUGCGAUGCCUACUACUACUACGCCGCCUGCAUCUUCCUCAUCUCCACCAUCUCCCUGGGGCUGUCCCUCUACGAGACGAGGAAGCAAAGCACCACGCUGCGGAACAUGGCCAGGAUGUCCAUCAGCAUCCGAGUCCGCCGUGCUGACGGAGCAGAGGAGGCGGUGGUGAGCUCUGCAGAGCUGGUGCCAGGUGACUGCAUCAGCCUGCCCUUGGACGGCGUGCUGGUCCCCUGCGACGCCGCGCUGCUGACGGGCGAGUGCAUGGUCAACGAGAGCAUGCUGACGGGGGAAAGCGUGCCGGUGCUGAAGACGCCUCUCCCAGAUGGUGGAGGGGCUGCGGGCACCAUCUAUAGCCCCAAGGAGCACCAGAGGCACACGCUGUUCUGUGGGACGCACGUCAUCCAGGCCAGGUCCUACGUGGGGCAGGAGGUGCUGGCUGUUGUCACCCGUACAGGGUUUUGCACAGCUAAAGGUGACCUGAUCAGCUCCAUCCUCUACCCCAAGCCCGUGACCUUCAAGUUCUACAAGGAUGCUGUGAAGUUUGUGCUGUUCCUCGCUGUGCUGGCUUUUAUUGGCACGCUGUACAGCAUCCUCAUCAUGGUGAAAAACCAGGUUCCCAUGGGGCAAAUCAUCAUCCGUGCCCUCGACCUGAUCACUGUCAUUGUCCCGCCUGCUCUCCCAGCUGCCAUGACCGUGGGCUCCAUCUACGCCCAGAACAGGCUGAAGAAACGUGGCAUCUUCUGCAUCAGCCCACCCCGCAUCAACCUGUGCGGGAAGAUCCGCCUGGUGUGCUUCGACAAGACGGGGACGCUGACAGAGGAAGGUUUGGAUGUGUGGGGGGUGGUCUCCCUGGAGGACGGACACUUCAUGCCCAUCGUCCACGAGCCGCGUCGCCUGCCCGCCGGUCCCCUGCUCCAUGCUCUGGCCGCCUGCCACAGCAUCACGUUGCUGCAGGGCCAGCCCGUCGGGGACCCCGUGGACCUCAAGAUGCUGGAAUCCACCGGCUGGCGCCUGGAGAUGGCGGAGGAGGGCGAUGAAAGGGAGCUGCCCGGCUUGCAGCGCUUUGGGACAAAGGUGUUGGCCACGAUGAACCCUCCACCCGAGGAAGAACAGCCGCCGGGCAGGAAGCACCGCUCGCCCCUGGGCAUCCUGCGCCGCUUCCCCUUCUCCUCCACCCUGCAGCGGAUGAGCGUCCUCACGAAGCUGCCCGGGGACGACGUGACCUGGCUCUACCUCAAAGGGGCCCCGGAGGUGGUGGCCAGCCUCUGCAGCACGGAGACGGUGCCCGCGGAUUUCUCCCAGGUGCUGCGGCACUACAGCGCCGACGGUUUCCGCGUGCUGGCCUUGGCCUGCAGACCCCUGAGCGCGGUGAGGAGCUUCGAGGACGCCCUGGAGCUGACGAGGGAUGCAGCAGAGAGCGACCUGAGCUUCCUGGGCUUCCUGGUGAUGAAGAACGUCCUCAAGAUGGAAUCGGCGCCCGUGAUCACGCUGCUGAGGAACGCCGGCGUGCGUCCCGUCAUGGUGACAGGAGACAACAUGCUGACGGCUGUGAAUGUGGCCAGGAGCUGCUGCAUGGUGGGACCGACCGAGCGGGUCAUCUUUGUCACUGCUUCGCCGCCCGGCCGCGACCAGCCUGCAUCUGUCAAGUUCAUCCCCGCGGAGCUCUCGCAGGGCGAGAAGCAGCCAGAGGAUGCCCAGCAGUGGGACGGCCGCCUGCACCUGGCGCUGAAUGGGAAAUCCUUCGCUGUGCUUCAGGAGCACUUCCCUGACCUGCUGCCCAAGAUCCUUGUCCGAGCCACUGUGUUUGCCCGCAUGUCACCGGAGCAGAAGACUCAGCUGGUGUGCAGCCUGCAGGAGCUCGACUACUGCGUGGGGAUGUGUGGGGACGGGGCCAAUGACUGUGGGGCGCUGAAGGCGGCCGACGUGGGCAUUUCGCUUUCGGAGGCUGAAGCGUCCGUGGCAUCGCCCUUCACCUCCUGCCACGCCAACAUUGAGUGUGUGCCCACGGUCAUCCGGGAGGGAAGGUGCUCGCUGGUCACCUCCUUCGGGGUCUUUAAGUACAUGGCCCUGUACAGCCUGGUGCAGUUUGUGUCUGUGCUGCUGCUCUACACAAUCAACACCAACCUGAGCGACUUCCAGUUUCUCUUCUUCGACCUGAUCAUCACCACCACUGUGGCCGUGCUGAUGGGCCGCACGGGUCCUGCCAAGGAGCUGGGGGUGCGCCGGCCCCAAGGGGCACUGAUCAGCGUGGCGGUGCUGGGCAGCCUGCUCCUGCAGACUGCUCUGCUCAUCACUGUGCAAGUCCUCAGCUACUUCAUCACCGUUUCUCAGAGCUGGUAUGUGCCACUGAACAGCACGGUGACAGCUCCCCAAAACCUGCCCAAUUACGAGAACACAGUCCUCUUCUGCAUCACUGGCUUCCAGUACCUCAUUCUGGCCGUUGCCAUGUCCAAGGGGUACCCAUUUCGAGAGCCACUCUACACCAACGUGCUCUUCCUGGUGGUCCUCAUGCUCCUCUUCGGCCUCAUGAUAUGGCUGACCCUGUACCCGUUGGGCUUCCCCAAAACCCUGCUGAAGCUGCGCGACAUUGAUGACUUGAACUUCAAGCUGCUGCUGUUGGGAAUCGCCACGCUCAAUUUCUUCUCUGCCUUCGUGCUGGAGACUGCGCUGGACUAUGGAUUGCUGGGCUGCUUGCGUAAGCUGCGCCGGAAGAAGGCAUCCAGAAAGCUGUUCAAGAGGCUGGAGAAGGAUCUGAGCCAGCAGCCAUCCUGGCCACCCCUUAACGAACCUCUCUUUGCUACCCCUCGGAUGUCCAUUGCUGUGAGAUAGCCAAACCUCACUCCUCCCCGCUCUGCGGGUGAGCGCUGCGCUCUUGUAUUUAUUUCUCCUGGUCCCAAGGCUGACCGAGGGCAUCUGGUGCCUGGCUCCGUGUCCAUCCCGUGGGAUGCAGCAUAAAUGUGAAGACAAUCCCAUCUUCCCAAUGGGGGAGACCCUCAGCAUCACAACCACGAAGCCAUAUGCUCCAGAAACCACGUGCUUGGUCCCAUGGCCCCGCGAGAAGAGGUGGUGGGAGAUGCUAGAGACGAGAACUCGGGGGUCCACGUGGGGGUCCCUCCUGCCUUCAGCCCCAUGCCCUCCUGCCUGGUCAGAGCUGUGAAUUGAAGCUGUCCCUCUUGUGCUGCCGGUGGUGGCACCCACCGUGGCCACGGGGCUCUGCUCACUGUGAAGGAAACCUCCGCCCUCCCUGCUGGCCACCUCGAUGUGUAGGAAAUGUUUACAAACCACCCCAGCUUGCCAAGGACGUUCUGAGCCAGCUGUCAGCAGCGAGGGGCUUUGGAGCAUCCAACGCAGAGCCCAAACCCCUAUUGCACACUCAUGCAUUUUGGCCCUUUGGUCCAUGGGAGCAGCUGGAAGGGCGUCCAUCCGUCCAUCCACCCCCUUCCAGGUCAGUGGGAGGUUUUGGCAUGGGAUCCCAGCACACUGGUGAUGCUUCUGCUGGGCCCUCCAGCUGCCAGCAGGAGCUUUGUAGCAUUAAACCCCCCCCCCCCUUCCCCCAAAUCUCUAUUUUUAUUUCUAUUUUUAACUCCAUUCCAGUGCGUAAAGGGGUGGAGAAGGGUGUACCUCUUCUGGCUUUCAAGUGGUUCUGGUGCGAGCACGUCUAAUAAAUCAACACUAUUUUCGUGA